UGUAUCAGUAUCAAUAGCUUCACCUACCCUAUUCAUAGUCAGCCAAGUACUCCCUAUACCAUGACGGGCCUCACAUUUCUUGAUCUCCCAGGAGAGAUCCGCAACCAGAUCUACCGACAACUCCUUCUCCUACCGUCUCUCUCGACCCCAAGACGCCUCGGCGACCCCCCGAUAUAUCCCGAAAUACUCUCUGUUUGCCGCAAAGUUUACGAAGAAGCCAAACAGAUUCUCUACGGCUGUAAUACCUUCCUCGCCCAUCCAAAUCUCCUUAACGGUCUUCCGCGACUUCGACUCUAUUACGAUACAAUCAGCAACACGAGCUUGAUAGCUCUGAUGACGAGGUAUCACAUACGGGUGCGACUCGAUUGUGAUCCCAAUUUCUCUGCGCACCAAGCAGAAAAGGCUUUCACCGGAGUUGAGGAGUUAGUUAUUGAGGUUUUCCAGGCACAGUUCGGGAGCUCAGAUCACAAGGUGUUGAGGCUGUUUGAACGCAUCAGGGGGGUGAAGAGGGUAAAGGUUUACGGGAGUGUUUCGGCUUUUCCUGAGUACGUCAGUUGGCUCGAGGAUACUAUGAUGUCUCCGGUGGGCAGCGAGGUUGCAGAGUUCACUUCAGGGACCUAAGACCCCACGAAGUUUAGAGUAUCAGCAAAGGCAACAGGCCAAUAGGGCAAUCAGGCUGACAAGUGUUUGCAGCACGGUGGGAGAUAGUUAUUGGUCUCUUGGUCCAUGCAGGCUUUCUUUCAUAAAUGCGCGAUUGUUAGCAUGGAAGACUCUCGCCCAUGUUAAGCAGAUUCGCGGAAGUUCUCUCCAUAACCCAACGGCCGUUUUCCUGCCAGUCUCCUGCUAUCCAGGCUUCGUGGGCUCCACGGACUUUGUCUGCGCGAAGUUAUACCACGAAGCUCUUGUACCAUAGAUCCAGUACUGUUAUCGAUGAUACGGUUAUACCUAUG